AAAAGAAAGUGAAAGCUGUUACGCUUACAGAGAACACACCGAGACAACUUCUGCCGGCCUGAACACUAAAACACCAUGUCAGUGCAGUUCUUUGGCUGGGAGGUGACCUAUGAUGAUGCCUCUCCCCACAUGCAGCUGAAAUCUUCCCAGGCACCCAAAGAUCAGGGUGUCUACACCAUGUACCAUGGCACCAGCAUUGCCAAUGCUAAUCAGAUCAUUGCCAAUGGCUUUCAGCAGUCAACAGGCGGCAUGCUGGGAAAGGGCGUGUACGUCAGUCGCGAUAAGAGGAAGGCCCAGCGUUAUCCUUUACACUCGAACCAAGCAGACCGUGUGGUUCUUGAGUUGCGUGUGCGCGUUGGCCGCGUCAAACGUAUCGACAAGGACAACCAUCCUAUGCAGUACACGUGGAACACACAUGGCUAUGACACUGCCUGGGUGCCCCCCAACUGUGGCAUGAAAGCUGUGCCAAGCGGCCUGGAAGAGGACUGUGUGUUUGACCCCAAAAGAGUGAAGGUUGUGGGCAUUGCAAGCGCACCAAACCCCACCCUACAGGCGCAGCUUCAACAGCUUGUGGCUAAUAGUGUCAGUAAUUCCAGCCAAGAAGUCGGGGGAGCAGCUUCACAUGGUAGUGUUGUAGCGUGUGCACUGUGCAAGCGAAAGGAGAAUCAAAGUUCUCCACACUUCAAGCAACAGUGCUGGGGCUGUGGGGCAAACAUCUGCAUUCUUAUGACCAAGCAUUUCUGUCCUCUUCAACAGCAAUGAAGCAGUUACUCACGCCCAAGCGACGUGGAAGGGGGGAAUAAAUUCAAAUGUUAACUAUCAAAGUAAAAACUGUUCGCCUCAUUCCACUACAAAAAAAAACAUCAAUGAAUUUUUUGCUGGCACUUUUGCAAUGAUAUUAUGAUUUAUACUAUAUUUGUGUAAUACUUCCACAUCAUCAUGUGUUAAGUUUAUGUACAAUCAAGAGUCAAUCUUUGAGCAAAACACCUUUAUUUCAGCUGUAGUAUGGUGAUGAUUGCAAUGUGUUAAAGCCAUUAUUGAUAUUUGUUGAAUACUGUAAAAAUAAUCAUGUGAAGGAAAUAAAGACGAUAUCAUAUCAGACCCUAAA